AUGUCGUUCAAAACAGUGGCUCGAAUUUGGACCGGCAGGAGAUUGGAGAAGCUUCGAAAAUGGCUCGCAAGUCAGACCACGAUCCAAGAGAGAGGCUCUUACCCCCUUCAGGAGCAAAAUAGUUCUGAUAAGCAGACAGACGCCUGCGACGGAAAGAGCCAAGGCUCAACUCUGUCUGCUGCUAGCUAUGAUUCGGGUUACCAUUCAUUAACAUUGAUGCCGUCUAUUCGAGAGAAUAAAGAGGACAGCGAACCCACACCACCCGUCAGGAAGAAAUUCAGAGUUUACGAGAAGGAAAUUCCAGAGGCGGCACAGCUCCGCCUAUACGAUUGGAAGGUCUUGUUCACGCGGCAGCUCCGUGAGCUCUUGGACAAUUACCAUAGCCCAGGGGCGGACUUGUCCAUGAAGCUGAAAUAUUUAGGUCCAUCAGAAGCAGAGGCAAAGUUAUACCUUAUAUUCCAAUGCGAUCACUGUGUGGUCAAACCCCUGAAAAAGUUUCUCGACCAACCGCAUGUCAAGGUUCAGUUCCAGUCCCAGUUCGAAUAUCUUAUCGUGUCGAGGGAGCCGAAGCGACUAGCUGCCUCUGGCUGCGUCAAUGUCUAUUCGCAUAUACCAAAUCUUGAGGACAGAGAUACGCUGUGCGGGACGCCGAUCCUCGUCCGCAACCUGGAUGGACCAGCCAUGGCGACGAUCGGAGGGGUUGUGCUGGUUACAACGGAGUCUCGGAAGUACCUCUGUUGCAUGACAGCGGGACACGUUGUCACGAAGCUAUUCUGCUCGGACCAUCGGUCCUCAACUUGCCGGCAUAAAGCAGCGAGCUCCUCCGUUGAGACGCGCAUCGCAAUUCAAGAUGAAAAUGGCGAGAUAGACCUGAAUCUGGACGACUUCGAAGCUGCUGAUCUCGAGACUGCCAACCAAGAAUGGAGCCACCUUGUCGGACAUGUGGCUCAUCUGCCUUCCGAGGCCUCACGUCAAUCUACCAAUCUGGACUGGGCAUUGGUUGAACUGCUUCACAUCAAAUAUUUACCGAAUUUCGUUCAACUAACGUCGGCCUCCAAAUUGCCCCUGCUGAGUAUGGGAGUUCUCGCACCACACCUAUCCAAUCCGGUUGUUGUGGUGCUUACUAGCCGGCGCGGGAAUCUAAACGGCUCUAUCCGCAGACGAGGGACAUCGUUCCUAUCAUCCGGGAGUGAGGCUUUCACCACAGUAUAUGAUCUCAUCCUUGACAGUGGUUUAAGACUAUCACCAGGUGACUCGGGAUCUUGGGUGGUCGACUUUGUCACGGGACAAGUUUAUGGGCAUGUCAUCGCCAUUGACAUAUUCGGCGAAGCAUAUGUCGUGCCGCUCGAUGCAACUUUGCAAGAUAUGAAGCAGAGACUCCCUGCUACUGAAAUUACUUUACCCUCCGAAGCCGAAUUUCAGGCUCUAAGCAAUGCAACACUAGCAAAUGGCAUGUCAGAAGACAACUCACCCUCUGCCGACAGUGGAAUGCAACAAUUGGCCACGCAAUCCGAAGCCUCACGUUCCGGGCAUGGUGGCUCAAAAUUUUGGCUCUCCCUCAUCUUCGUUUAUACCCAGCCGCUAUUCUGCCUCGAGCUGCAGCAAGACGAACUGCUAUUCUAA